AUGAAACAAAUUUCGGAUAAAGUGAGUGAGAUAAAAAAUGUAUGCAAGCCGGUAAUGAUCGCGAGUGCCAAUAGAGAAGUGCAUAACGAGAAAGAAACAUAUGCGUCUAAGGUAAAAAAGGGUCCGCAAGUUAUCUUAAAGCCCAAAAGCAUACAAGAAAGUGCGAUAACAAGGGAAGAAAUAAAAAAGAAUAUUAACCCUUCAUCUCUAUCUAUCAAUGUAAGCAGUGUUUCCAAUCGCCGGGAUGGUGCAAUUGCUAUUGAGUGCGGGAAUGAUGAAUCGAGUGUAAAAAUGCAAAAUGCAAUCAAAGAGAAAAUGAGUGAAAAGUAUGAUAUUCAAAUACCAGAAAUGAGAAAUCCUAAAGUGCGAGUAUGCGGCAUGAGUGAAAUGAUGAGCAGUGAUGUUAUUAUUGAAUCAAUUCAAGCUCAAAAUAAAAUUGUAUUCAAAGUUAUAAAAUGCAUUAAAGUUUAUCAGUCUCCAAAAAAUAAAAAAAUGUUCAAUGCUAUUUUGGAAGUAGAUGGUGGAGCAUUUCAAGAGUUAUUGUGUGCUAAAAGAAUAAAUAUUCAAUGGGACAGAUGUGUUAUUUAUGAAGAAAUUAACGUCAAAAGGUGUUUUAAGUGCUGGGGUUUUAACCAUAACGCGAAAAAAUGUACCGGGGAGGAAACCUGUGUAAAAUGUGCCGGAAACCAUAGUAACAAAAACGAUUGUGAUAGCGAAAAUACGAAGUGCGUGAGUUGUAUCAGAGCAAAUAAUACCCUUCAUCUGAAUGUUGAUGUAAAUCACGAUACAAGAAGCUCUAAGUGUCCUGUUUUGCAAAGAAAAAUGCAAAGUGAGAUGCAAAAAAUUGCCUACUAG